GCCUCCGGCGCGCACAUGGUUCGCCGCCUUUCGCUGAGAUCCCCGCGGCCGCAGCGAGCUCGCAGGCCGAGACCACCGCCUCCUCCUCCUCCUCCUCCGCCUCCGCCCGCCGCCGCACCCAUGGAUUCCCCCUCGCAGCCGCCGCCGCCGCCGCCGCCUCCUCCUGCCGAGGGCGGUCCGGCGGCGGACAGCCGGGCAGCCGAGUUGCCCCGGCUGACGGUGACGCAGGUGGAGCAGAUGAGGGUGGAGGCGAAGGUGGCCGACAUCUACCGCGUCCUCUUCGACAGCGCGCACAACGCCAAUUCCCUCAUGCUUGAGCUUUGGCGUGAGCAGCACACUGAGUAUUUGACGAGAGGUCUGAAACAUCUUGGGCCAAGCUUCCACGUGCUCGAUGCCAAUCGCCCUUGGCUGUGCUACUGGAUGAUUCAUGCACUUGCUUUGUUGGAUGAAACACCUGACGAAGAUGUCGAGGAUGAUAUUGUGGACUUCUUAUCUCGUUGUCAGGAUAAAGAUGGUGGAUAUGGUGGUGGCCCUGGACAGUUGCCUCAUCUUGCUACAACAUAUGCUGCUGUAAAUACGCUUGUGACUAUAGGGAGUGAAAGGGCACUAUCAUCAAUAAAUAGGGAGAAUCUGUACAAGUUCAUGCUUCGGAUGAAAGAUACAUCAGGAGCUUUCAGAAUGCAUGAUGGUGGUGAAAUUGAUGUCCGUGCUUGCUAUACUGCCAUAUCGGUUGCCAGUCUUGUGAACAUCCUUGAUGGUGAACUGGCAAAAGGCAUUGGAAAUUACAUAGGAAGGUGUCAAACCUAUGAAGGUGGUAUUGCUGGGGAACCUUAUGCUGAAGCUCAUGGUGGGUACACUUUUUGUGGGCUGGCUGCGAUGAUCUUGCUUCACGAAGUGGACAAACUUGAUUUGCCUAGCUUGAUUGGCUGGGUAACAUUUCGCCAAGGAGUGGAAUGUGGACUUCAAGGAAGAACUAAUAAAUUGGUUGAUGGUUGCUACUCCUUUUGGCAGGGAGCAGCUCUUGCUUUAACACAAAAGCUAAUGACAGUUGUUGAUGAGCAAUUAAAAUCAUCAUAUUCCAGCAAAAGGGCUCCAGGAGAUGAUGCUUGUGGUACCAGUUCUUCUAAUGAAGCACUGUGUUAUACUAAGUUUGGAUUUGAUUUUAUAAAGAAGAGCAACCAAAUCGGCCCACUGUUCCACAACAUCGCCCUGCAGCAAUAUAUCCUGCUUUGUGCACAGGUUCUGGAUGGAGGAUUGAGGGAUAAACCUGGGAAGAACAGAGAUCACUACCACUCAUGCUAUUGCCUGAGUGGUCUUUCAGUUAGCCAGUACAGCGCUUUGGUUGAUCCUGAUGCGUGCCCCUUACCACAGCACGUGCUUGGUCCAUAUUCAAACUUGCUGGAGCCGAUCCAUCCGCUAUACAAUGUUGUACUUGACAAAUACCACACGGCCUAUGAGUUCUUUUCAAGCGAGUGAUGCAACAUGGCCCUUGCAAUUGUCUAGGAGAUUGUAUGAUAUUGCAUUCUUUUUUGUAGUCUGGGCGGCCCCAGAUACCAAAGUUCAUAGAUACUUGC